AUGACACCUGUGAUCCCAUGCUCUACUAGUAAUAUUUGCCUCAUUCCUGGAACUGCUUUUUCAAUAAAGAAGAAUAAUUGUCUCCAAAAUGGAAGUUUUUCAAGGAAAUCUGCAACAUAUUCAUCAACCUCACAAAGACUUGUAUUACCUCUUCCUGGUUUUGUUAAGUUGUUCCCACAAUACAGAAGGGAUUGUGCUUUGCUCCAAAGAUCUGCAGCACAUACAAUAUCUGCCACAGGGACUGAUGUAGCAGUAGAGGAGCCAGAUUCACCUGUUUUAGACAAAGAUUCUGGUGGAGCCUCAGAGAUUCCUGCAGAUGCAGUUGAAACAAUUGAUUCCUCCAAACAGACAGGUUCAAGUCCUGCUGCAGCUCAAUCGAGACGUUCAAGAUCCAUUAGGAAAAGUGAGAUGCCACCUGUAAAGAAUGAGGACCUGGUUCCUGGUGCAACAUUUACUGGAAAAGUAAGGUCAAUCCAGCCAUUUGGUGCUUUUGUUGAUUUUGGAGCUUUCACAGAUGGACUUGUACAUGUUUCAAGGUUGAGUGAUAACUUUGUUAAGGAUGUUGGAAGUGUUGUAUCCGUUGGUCAAGAAGUGAAGGUGAGGUUAGUUGAGGCAAACACCGAGACAGGGCGAAUUUCUCUUACUAUGCGUGAAAAUGAUGAUAUGAGUAAGUUUCAGCAACGGAAUGAUUCUCCUGCCCAAGGAAGCAGCAACAGGCAGGGCGCACGGAGGAAUACUUCAAAGCCCAACCAAAGAAGAGAAGAUGGAAAAAGCUCAAAGUUUGUUAAAGGGCAGGAUCUAGGGGGCACAGUAAAAAAUAUGACCAGGUCUGGUGCUUUUAUAUCCCUUCCUGAGGGAGAGGAGGGAUUCCUACCCAGAUCGGAAGAAGCUGAUGAUGUAUUUGGAGGCAUGAUGGGGGACUCAUCACUGCAGAUCGGCCAGGAAGUCAGUGUCAGGGUGUUGCGCCUCACAAGGGGACAAGUUACCUUGACAAUGAAAAAAGAAGAUACUGUUAAGCUGGGCACUGAGCUUAUGCAAGGGGUUGUCCAUACUGCGACAAACCCAUUUGUACUGGCUUUCCGUAAGAACAAGGAUAUUGCAGCAUUUUUGGAUGAAAGGGAGAAAGUAACAGAACAACCUGAAAAACCAAUGCCUUCAAUGCAAAUAGGAGAGAGAAAGCAAACUGAACCUGUGCCUGAUAGUGCUGAAGUGCUGGACCAACCAGUAAGUAGCGACGAGGAAUUGAGCAGCAUACCUUCAACUGUGGAUGAAUCAGUAGAGGGUGAUGAAACUUCUUCUAAGGAGGUCAUUGUGGGAGCCACUGUUGCCUCUGAUGAUAAGGAGCCAGAAACCAUGGAGUCUAGUUUAGCACAAAGUGUGGAUAGUGUAGUUAAGACUGUAGAGAAAGCAACUGAGGUCAGUAGCAAAAAGGAGCCAGAAAGCUUAGAGUCUAGCACAUCUCAGAAUGUGGAUGAUACAGUUCAGACGUUAGAGAAAGAAGCAAAGGCCGAUGAUGAUAAGGAACCAGAAAGCGUAGAGUCUAGCACAUCAAAAAGUCUGGAUGAUACAGUUCAGACCUUAGAGAAAGAAGCAAAGGCCUAUGAUGAUAAGGAACCAGAAAGCGUAGAGUCUACCACAUCAAAAAGUAUGGAUGAUACAGUUCAGACCUUAGAAAAAGAAGCAGAGCCCAAUGAUGAUAAGGAGCCAGAAAGCAUGAUGUCCAGUUCAUCACAGAGUGUUGAUGAUAGUGUUACAGGCUCAGAUGGGGUGGAAAACAUAGAAAAUUCUAAUGCAUCAAGACCUACAUCUGUGGAUCAAAUCAUAUCUUCAGAAAGUCAAACCAGUGAAGCUGUCGAGAAUCAAAUUGGAAGUAUCCAGGAUGAAGUGCAGAUUCAAACACCUGCAACCAAGACUGAAAUUGCCUCUGCCUCACAACUUGAAGAUGAAAAGGUGGAACCUGCCCCCAAGAUAAAUGGCACCGUGGGCAAUUCAAAUGCACAAAGUGGCAGUCCUCCCAAGGAGAGUGUGACUAAAGCAACUAUAUCUCCAGCUCUGGUGAAGCAGCUUCGUGAAGAGACAGGAGCAGGAAUGAUGGAUUGCAAGAUAGCCCUUUCAGAAACCGGAGGGGACAUUGUUAAAGCUCAGGAGUUCCUUAGAAAGAAAGGAUUAGCAAGUGCAGAAAAGAAAGCUAGCAGGGCGACAGCUGAAGGAAGAAUUGGUUCUUACAUUCAUGAUAGCAGGAUUGGGGUCCUAGUAGAAGUGAACUGUGAGACAGAUUUUGUCUCCCGAGGCGACAUUUUCAAGGAGCUGGUGGACGAUCUAGCCAUGCAGGUGGCUGCAUGUCCUCAAGUGCGGUACCUUGUAACAGAAGAUGUGCCUGAAGAUAUUGUAAACAAGGAAAAAGAGAUUGAGAUGCAGAAGGAAGAUCUCUUGUCAAAACCAGAGCAGAUAAGAUCAAAGAUUGUAGAAGGGCGUAUAAGGAAGAGGCUUGAGGAGCUGGCAUUGCUGGAGCAGCCCUACAUUAAGAACGACAAGGUAGUAGUGAAGGACUGGGUGAAGCAGACAAUUGCAGCAAUUGGUGAAAAUAUUAAAGUGAAGAGGUUUGUUCGCUACAAUCUUGGUGAAGGCUUGGAGAAGAAGAGCCAGGAUUUUGCUGCUGAGGUGGCUGCUCAAACUUCAGCAAAACCAGCAGCAGCAGCAGCAGCAACACCAGCGAAAGAGCUGCCUGCUGAAGCAGAAGCCAAGGAAACCGCUCAAAAGCCACCAGCAGUAAAAGUUUCUGCUGCUCUUGUUAAACAACUGCGGGAAGAAACUGGAGCUGGUAUGAUGGACUGCAAGAAGGCUCUGUCUGAAACUGGAGGGGACCUUGAGAAGGCACAAGAGUAUCUAAGAAAGAAGGGUCUUUCAACUGCUGACAAAAAAUCCAGCCGUCUUGCAGCUGAAGGCAGAAUUGGUUCAUAUGUUCAUGACUCCCGUAUUGGAGUGCUGAUUGAAGUCAACUGUGAAACUGACUUUGUGGGCAGAAGUGAGAAAUUCAAGGAAUUGGCUGAUGAUCUAGCAAUGCAAGUUGUGGCCUGCCCACAAGUGCAGUUUGUAUCAAUUGAAGAUAUCCCUGACAGCAUUCUGAACAAAGAAAAGGAGCUUGAAAUGCAGAGAGAUGACCUAUUGUCAAAACCCGAGAACAUAAGAGAGAAAAUUGUUGAGGGUAGGAUCUCAAAGAGGCUUGGAGAGCUUGCUCUUCUAGAGCAGCCAUUCAUCAAGAAUGAUGGUGUUUUGGUGAAGGAUUUGGUGAAGCAGACUAUUGCUGCUCUUGGGGAGAACAUAAAAGUCCGGAGGUUUGUUCGGUUUAGUCUUGGAGAGUCAACUGAACAUACAAAAACAGAAACUGAAGCGUAA